CACAUGCUCGUAUGCACAACAUCUCCGGUCCUGUCAGCACGUGUGUUGUCCACAUGCAUACUUAUUUACCAAGGAUUAGAUGCCAUACUCCAUACACCUUGCUCUCGCCCAGUUUGACGGACGUUAUUCAUUCUUAUUCAUUCCUUUGUAACACAUCACCCGUAUCGAGAUUAAUACAUUCCACGGCGUGCUCCGCUCCAAAUUCCCAAUUUUCAACUCCCAAUUCCCAAUACAACGCUGGGCAUAUCCGUUUUGUCAUGAGUUCUAGAUAGUUUAAAUGUAUUGAUACCCUCCUUUUUUUAACGAUUUUCUUGUCUAUCUUUACAAGUGAAAAUGCCCUCAACGAGACCAGAAGAAUUCGACUACACAGGCGUGCAUGAGCCGCUGCUUGGCGAUGAUCGAUCUGUGGACGUGCAAACGGGCAGCGAUGAGGCCUUGAAGAAUGACAUAUCGCCAGAGUCUGUUAUACCGAAAGUGGUUGCAGUUAUGAUAUGCUUCGUUUCUGUAGGGAUAUUCACUGGGUCGGUUGGGGCUCUGAUUCCUUCACUAGAGACAUAUUACAAUAUCCAAGACGCCAAAGUGACUUUGAUCUUGAUCAUGAGUGUAGCCGGAUAUCUGAUUGGUGCCGCCAACCUCGACAGUAUUCAUCUGCUCACCGGCCGGCGAGGUGUUGCCCUCAUAGCCGCCAGUUUACAUGUCCUAGGGAUUGCUAUUCUUGCGACCAAACCAACAUACGCAAUCGCUCUUCUUGCGUAUUUCUGCUGCGGCAUGGGCACCGGAUGCGUUGAUGCUGGAUUCUGUGCUUGGGCAGCCAAUGUUCAUCACGCGAACGCUGUUCAAGGCUCAAUCCACGGGGCCUUUUCUGUGGGCUGUGUGGUUGGUCCUAUUAUUGUCGCGGCUCUGGAGAAAGCCGGAUUGGAGUGGAAUGUGUUUUAUAUGGUCAUGCUAGGAACAUUUAGCAUCGAACUGUGUGCUCUCCCCUUAGCCUUCCGACGUGAUAACGGCCCGACAUAUCGCGCAUCUAGGCUCGACGAGACUCGAGCUAAGGUGACACUUGCCGAUGGAAAGCGGCCGAUCAUAUACUGUGCCCUGUUUUACCUUUGCUACGUCGGGAUUGAAACAUCUCUAUCCACCUGGCUAGUAACCUUAAUGAGCCGCAGUCGCGAAAGCUCCACAUACGUUGCAGCGCUCACUUCAUCAAUGUUCUGGGGCGGCAUGGCCAUCGGACGAUUCACACUGGGCCCUCUGGCACGCGCCGCCAAUCUGCGACUAAUCGUCAUUGUAUACAUUCUUCUCUCUCUCCCAGUACAGCUAUUCUUCCGUUUCUCUCUAAACGGCGGCCUGUCCUUGGCAUUGGCAGGCGGCAUCGGAUUCUCAUUUGGCCCAAUGUUUCCGGCUGGAGUGCUCAUGUUGAGUAGCCAGCUUCCGAAAAGCCUUCAGGUGCGAGGCUGUUCAGUUGCUGCUAGUGUAGGCCAGAUUGGUGGUGCCGGCGCACCGUUUCUGCUGGGUUUGGUUGCGCAGUCGUUGGGCAUUGAGCGAUUGCUUGAUCUGGUGCUGGUCAUGACGAUUUUGCUGCUUGUGAUCUGGUUGAGGUUUUCUAGGCGUGACGAAUGAUGAUACAAUUUACCACUGUGUAAGUUUACUAUUUGUGUAUGCUGCGGGCGGUUACACUAUUUCGGAUUCUUAUUAUACAUAUUUGGAAAUAUGAUAUUUUUUUACGUACACAUGUUGUGUCUGCA